AUAGGAAAGAAAUGGAUCUAUUAAAUUACUACUAGUACUACUUCUACUAAGUUAUUUAUGUACUGAGAAAUAAGUGAAAGGAUAUUUUAGCAUGUCAUCCCAUCACAUGUGACUCCAUGAUAAAUUUUUUUUUGCAAGAAGGAUGAGCACAGAUAGAAGAGAGUCAGAUGCUUCAGCACCUACUGAUGACAUUUCUGACGACCUGGAAAGGAAGAAAGAACUGACCAAAGGGAGUUUUCUGAGGCCUCGUAGUGAUGAAAAAAAUAUUAAAUUUUCAUUAAACCAGACAACCUACAGAAAUCAAACUUUGAAUAUUGAAUCUUCUAGUUUGAUAGAAUCACCUGUUGUAUCAGCUGUCUUAAUUUCUCAUGGAUUGUUAGAGAAUGGGCUACAUUUGUUUGAAAAUUCUGGAGUUAAAAUUAAAACGGAAGCAAAAUUUUCUGAUGCAAGUAAAGUCCAUCAAAAUCAACACAGAGAAUCGGCCUACAAAUGUCAGUGGUUAGAUUGUGAGCAGCUAUGUAUUGAUCGAGAUGAACUAGCUGAACAUGUUAAUUGGAACCAUAUCCAACAGGGCUCUGAUGCUGAAUAUCAUUGUCAGUGGAUUGGCUGUAAACGACAGGGAAAAGGCUUCAAUGCUCGGUACAAGAUGCUGAUGCACAUGAGAUGCCACACAAAUGAAAAACCACAUGUUUGUGCAUGUGGCAAAUGUUUUGCAAGACUAGAAAAUUUAAAAAUUCACAUGCGAUGUCAUACAGGGGAAAAACCUUAUGUGUGUCACGUAGAAGGAUGUGGCAAGGCUUACACUAACUCUAGUGAUAGAUUCAAGCAUACACGAACACAUUUUGUUGAAAAACCUUAUGUAUGUAAAGUGGAAGGCUGCAGCAAGAGGUACACUGAUCCUAGCUCUCUUCGCAAACACCGGAAAACCUGUGGACACUAUCAAAAUAACACUGAACAGAAUAUUCACUCUGAAACUCACAAGUUAGGAAAUUAUUCUCACAGGAACUCUCCAGAAAUUAAAGUUGAUAAAUCUUGUACUUUUCUCACUGGUCAUCAAGGUAAGGUUCCUGUUAAGACUAAAGUUACUAAGCCUAAUGUUCUCAGGCCCAAAUUGGAAAGAUCUGGUGUUAAGUGUAAGCAUCCUUUCUCAGAAUAUUCAUUCUACUUUGAAUCCUGCCACAAACUGGGUAACGAAAAUUUCAGAUAUUCAGAUACCAGUGAUAAAAUGACAGCAGUGUAUUCCUUUUCACCAAGUGAGGUUUUGCCACUUGAUCUUAGCACUACAAAUAGUGAAAAUGUUAAUUCUUCUGACACUGAAAGUCAUUCGCAAUCAUCAUAAGACUGAAUGUUUUACAAAGAAGUCAAAACAGAUAUUAUUAGUGUUUUAAGUGAAUCAUGAAGACUUGUUUUUUCAGAAAUAUAGCAAAAUGAAAUCUUUAACAAAGAUAAAUAUAAGAUUACUUCAGCACUUUGCAGUCAGAUUCGAUAGCAGUUGUAAAAUUUUAGUCUAGAUAUAUUUUUUAAACAGAAAUGUACAAGGUUUACAGAAUGUAAGUUCUAUUUUAUGCUGUAACUAUUUAUAUUAUUAUGAUCAUCAAUUCAGCUUAUAAAGUUAACAAUGAAAAAAGUAAACAGGUGACUGCUCCGUGACAUAUAUAGCUUACUUUGAUUAGAAGUUACUGGUAGUACUCAGAUUAGGCUUAGUGAAUAAAGAAAUAGUAAAUAGUAAAAUUUUCUUUUUUUUUAUGCAGUUAAUACGUGGGUUCCCAAACUUUCUCUACACGAGGCCCACCAGAAUACUCUGCAUCCUGACUGAGGCACUCCAGUGAAUCUAUAGCUACUGAGUACCUUAACAGUAUUGUGUAUUUUGUGUAUAUGCUACUAUUUCCUUUAAAUUUACUUGCAGCUCCAAGUUUGGGAACCACUGAGUUAAAAGAUAAACAUGUGUAAUUCAAAAGAGACACACAUUACUGAACAGGGACAGAAUUCUUAAUAAUGUGUAAAAGUUCCACCAUAGCCACAUAUAUAUAUUAAAUGACAGUAACUUUGAACAUCAGAAGAAAAAUGAUACCACAGAUUGUUAAACCGGGGACUUAUCUGAUAGUAAUAAAUAGAAUGAGUAAAAAAUUUUACAAAAUUUAUUCUUCCAUAAAGAAAGUGACAGUUUGGAUAUACACAGAGCCUAAAUUGGACUUGUUCUUUUUUGUUAAUAUGCAAUUGUGACUGUUAGUUUUAAAAAGCGUACAAAAUAUUUGUUUUAUUUGUUUGGAUAUACACAGAGCCUAAAUUGGACUUGUUCUUUUUUGUUAAUAUGCAAUUGUGACUGUUAGUUUUAAAAAGCCUACAAGAUAUUUGUUUUAUUUAAUAUAAGCUACAAAUAGAAAAUAUUUUGUUUUUCCUGGUCUUUAAAAUAAACAAAACACUGUGUGCUCAAAAGCUGUCACAAUACAAAGAUUAAAGUGUACACUGCUAUUCAGAGUGAGGGUGACUGAUUUUGUAAACAGGGAGCUCAUAGUAUACAUGUAGUUGGCUAAAUAAGGGACUUGAACUGGGUACAAGUUGUAAUUCUCAGUGAAAACUAGCUUAAAGAUAACAGUUUAAAAUAAAGAAAACGAAUGUUUUGGCCAGAUAAAGAAUACAGAUCUAAAUUUAUGUGUGACCACAGUUUGGUCAUAUAAUGAAACAUUGAAAUUUGUUUGAUCUUUUGAUUUUAAAAUAUCAUAACA